AGCGUUUUUACGUAUAAUGGAAUCUUUCUGCAAAUUGCAAUUUCCAAAAAGUCAGCUUCAGUGGUAGUAGAGAGAAGAAGAAGAGUGAGAGAAGUCUUCCCCAAUUUAUCCUCUCUCUCUUUCACCGCCGCCAUGGACGGAGCCGCCGGCACUCAAGUCAACACCGUGAACGGCGGCGGCGGUGGUGGUGGUGAUGAGACAGUCGGAGUUCAGAUCCAGCAGAGUCGGAGGUUACCGGAUUUCCUUCAGAGUGUAAACUUGAAGUACGUUAAACUAGGUUACCAUUACUUGAUCUCUCAUUUGUUGACUCUAUGUUUGAUUCCUGUGAUGGCUGUGAUUUUAAUUGAAGUUUCACAAAUGAAUCCUGAUGAUAUUCGUCAGUUAUGGCAACACUUGAAGUAUAAUCUAGUCUCUGUUAUUAUUUGUUCCGCCGUUUUGGUUUUCGGAUCCACGGUUUACAUCAUGACUCGGCCGAGGCCGGUUUAUUUGGUUGAUUACUCUUGUUAUAAAGCUCCUGAGCAUCUCAAGGCUCCGUAUGAACGGUUCAUGCAGCAUUCGCGGCUCACAGGUGAUUUUGAUGAGUCUUCGCUUGAGUUUCAGAGGAAGAUUCUGGAACGUUCUGGCCUCGGGGAUGAUACUUAUGUCCCUGAAGCUAUGCAUCAGCUUCCCCCGCAGCCUUCUAUGGAGGCUGCGAGGGAAGAGGCUGAGCAAGUCAUGUUUGGUGCCCUGGACAAAUUGUUUGCUAAUACAUCUGUGAAACCUAAGAAAAUAGGUGUUCUUGUUGUGAAUUGUAGUUUGUUCAAUCCGACUCCAUCGCUUUCAGCUAUGAUUGUGAACAAGUAUAAGUUGAGAGGUAAUAUAAGGAGUUUUAACCUGGGAGGUAUGGGUUGUAGUGCUGGUGUAAUAGCGGUUGAUCUUGCUAAGGACAUGUUGCAAGUGCACAGAAAUACCUAUGCCGUUGUUGUUAGUACUGAGAAUAUUACUCAGAAUUGGUAUUUUGGGAAUAAGAAGUCCAUGCUGAUACCAAAUUGUUUGUUUAGAGUCGGGGGUUCUGCUGUUUUGCUGUCUAACAAGUCCGUGGAUAGAAGAAGGGCGAAAUAUAAGCUUGUUCAUGUUGUUAGGACGCAUCGCGGGGCUGAUGAUAAGGCAUUUCGUUGUGUUUACCAAGAACAAGAUGAUGCUGGAAAAACUGGGGUCUCUUUGUCAAAAGAUCUCAUGGCAAUCGCUGGUGGAGCGCUUAAGACGAAUAUCACUACCUUGGGUCCUCUUGUUCUACCCAUCAGCGAGCAACUUCUGUUCUUUGGUACUCUGAUAAUUAAGAAAAUAUUCAAUAAGCAUAUGAAGCCUUAUAUUCCAGAUUUCAAGUUGGCCUUUGAUCAUUUCUGCAUACACGCUGGUGGAAGGGCUGUUAUUGACGAGCUGGAGAAGAAUUUACAGCUGACACAGGUUCACGUUGAGGCAUCUCGAAUGACACUGCAUCGCUUUGGAAAUACUUCAUCCAGCUCCAUCUGGUAUGAACUGGCGUAUAUAGAGGCCAAAGGAAGAAUGAGGAAAGGUAACAAAGUUUGGCAGAUUGCAUUUGGAAGCGGUUUUAAAUGUAACAGUGCUGUUUGGCAGGCACUACGAAAUGUAAAGCCUUCUUCCAAUGAUCCUUGGGGGGAUUGUAUCGAUAGGUAUCCUGUAAAAGUAGUAUCAUAAAAAUGGCAGCCCGGUGCACUGAAGCUGCUGCUAUGCGCGGGAUCCGGGUAAGGGCCUGAAAAGUAGUAUCAUAACAUCUUGGAAAUCAUGAUUAGGCAAGUCCAAUGUUAUCUGUAGCUGCUUCAGUGUCCAACGGCCUCUUAAGCUGAGUGAUGCUCUGCUUCCAUUUUUUUUCCUUUUCUCUUUUCUAUUCAUGAAUCAAGUAUCUUUUUUCCUUUUCUUGGUUUAGGGCCUUAUGCUAAUUUGUGCUGUACCAUUUCAAUCUAUUACUCCUAUGACUUCAUAUAUGUAGCAAUUUCUAUUUUAAUUGUA